AUGGAAUUCAUUCCAUAUCUGGUGACAAUUGUAGCCGUUCUUGCUUUUUUUCAACUCCAAAGAAAAUGGAAAUCAAGGAGCCAAAUUCCAAAAAGUAAGCUCCCAUAUCCACCAGAAGCAGCAGGUGGCUUGCCUAUCAUAGGCCACCUUCUUAGCUUUAAUACCAAAAGUUCUGUGGCGAGGAACUUAGCAGCCAUGGCUGAGAAAUACGGCCCUAUCUUCGCGUUACGCAUUGGUAUGACACCAGCCCUUGUUGUGAGCAACUGGGAAUCGGUUAAAGAUUGCUUUACCAUCAGUGACAAAGCCCUUUCCUCACGCCCUGAAUCAGUUUUUGCUGAAACUCUUUGUUUUGGCAAUGCAUCUAUGGGUUUUGCACCGUACGGUCCCUAUUGGCGCGAGAUGCGAAAGAUAGUUUUUCUUGACUUACUUUCAACUCGGGGGCUUGAGAAAGUCAGGCAUGUCCGAGUCUCAGAGGUCGAUAAUACCAUGAAAGAACUGUUCUCAAUUUUCAGUAAGGCCAACAAUGUUGGUGGGAAAAGUAGUACAGCAAGUCCAGUCAAAGUGGAAUUGAGGAAGCUGUUUGAGAAUUUCUCAAUGAAUCUUAUUGUGAAGAAAGUUUCCGGGAUGAGAUACAAUGAAACUGAAGUUGGCACAAAUAAAGAUGCUCAAGUGCGGAAAGUUUUUAAGGCAUUUGUACACUAUGCCGGGCAAUUUUUUGUGUCCGAUCUCAUUCCAAUUCCAUUUUUGAAAUGGCUUGAUAUAGGAGGGCACAUUAAGUCCAUGAAGGGGUUCGCGAAAGAACUUGACGCUGUUGUUCAGGAUUUGUGGGAUGAGCAUACUCAGCGAAGGAUGAAGAGUGAGACAAUAGAUGAGAAAGACUUCAUGGAUGUGUUGCUUUCAAAAAUCCAAAGCGAGUCUGUGUUUGGAUACUCGAGGGAGACUGCGAUCAAGGCCACAGUCAUGACUAUGCUCGUAGCAGGAUUUGACAGCACAUCAACACACUUAACAUGGCUCAUGUCCCUGUUACUAAACCAUCCACACGUCAUGAAGAAAGCGCAGGAAGAGAUAGAUAGACAUGUUGGUAAAGACAGAUGGGUAGAAGAAUCAGAUAUCAAGAGUUUGGCCUACAUUCAAGCUAUUUCGAAAGAAACAUUCCGCCUAUAUCCACCACCUAUAUCCGUGCCACGCCAAGCCAUCGAAGAUUGUACUGUUGGCGGAUACCUCAUUCCAAAAAAUACUUUAUUGGUGGUGAACGUGUGGAAACUGCAUCGCGACCCAAGAGUUUGGUCGGAACCAGAUAAGUUUUUACCAGAGAGAUUCUUGAAUAGUUGCAAUGGUCCCCGAAAGAUGCAUGACGAUGGCUAUAGCCUCGAUUAUGCCUUCACCCCUUUUGGCUCUGGAAGACGAUCAUGUCCAGGAAUGCUAAUGGCAACACAGGUGAUAUACUUGAUCGUUGCCCGAUUGCUGCAGGGUUUUGAAUUCACAACCCCAUCAAACUUACCAGUGGACAUGACUGAAGGUUUGGGUACGCACUUGAGCAAGACUACUCCACUAGAGGUGCUCAUCAAGCCACGCCUGCCUAAUCAUGCACUUUAUGAAUAAUUUUAGAUGGUUAAAACGGAACCAGGGCUUGUGCCUAAAGCUUUUACAUGAAUAGCAAGUGGACAAUUGGCUAAAUAUGGUUAUGUUUUACUAGUUACAAAAUAAAUUUCAUAGUUUUGUAAAUUAUUGAAUUCACCACUUUGUAUUAGACCACAUAAACUGGUAACCAUUUGGUAUUACUGCCAGUUGGUAUUCCGUUACUUUUAUUUCAAUAAGAUUUGUUGUUGAAAAAAUAAA